AGCCAUGGCGAGGCGGUCCAAGGGCCAAGCUUCUUCUGAUGAAGCCAUGUCCAACGGUUCCACUUCCUCGGAAGAGGAGCGUGUCAACGAGCAGAUCAACGAUGAAGAGGAUGAAGAAGAGCUGGAAGCUGUGGCUCGCUCUGCUAGCUCCAAUGAUAACGAUGAUGAAGCUGCAGAUGGUGAUGCGCCGGAUUCUGACGAGGAUGCGGCUGCCGCUGGAGACGUUGACGAGGAGGAACUGGAUGAUGGAAAUGUUGAUCCAGAAAUUAGGAAGCGCGAGAAGGCCAGAUUAAGAGAAAUGCAGAAAUUGAAGAAACAAAAAAUUCAGGAGAUGUUGGAUAAGCAAAAUGCUACUAUUGAUGCAGAUAUGAACAAUAAAGGAAAGGGGCGCUUGAAGUAUCUCCUACAGCAAACUGAAUUGUUUGCUCAUUUUGCCAAAGGUGAUCCAAGUACCUCUCUGAAGAAGUCAAAAGGAAGGGGUCGCCAUGCAUCUAAAGUAACUGAAGAAGAAGAAGAUGAAGAGUACCUCAAAGAAGAAGAAGACGGUUUAGCUGGGAACACACGGUUGGUGACACAACCAUCAUGUAUUCAAGGGAAGAUGAGGGAUUACCAACUUGCUGGUCUAAACUGGCUUAUAAGAUUGUAUGAGAAUGGUAUCAAUGGAAUUCUGGCAGAUGAAAUGGGGCUUGGUAAAACUUUGCAAACUAUCUCUUUAUUGGGUUAUUUGCAUGAGUUCAGAGGAAUUAAAGGUCCUCAUAUGGUAGUUGCUCCAAAAUCUACUCUUGGAAAUUGGAUGAAUGAAAUUCGGCGCUUUUGUCCUGUUCUGCGUGCAAUUAAGUUUCUUGGCAAUCCUGAGGAAAGGAGACACAUCAGAGAGGAAUUAUUGGUUGCUGGGAAGUUCGAUGUAUGUGUUACUAGUUUUGAGAUGGCAAUCAAGGAGAAGUCUGCAUUGCGUCGUUUUAGUUGGCGCUACAUAAUUAUUGAUGAAGCUCAUCGAAUCAAGAAUGAGAAUUCUUUACUUUCUAAAACAAUGCGGCUGUACAAUACAAACUAUCGGCUUCUUAUCACUGGCACACCUCUUCAGAACAAUCUCCAUGAGCUCUGGUCCCUUCUCAAUUUUCUUCUUCCCGAAAUUUUUAGUUCUUCUGAAACUUUUGAUGAGUGGUUUCAAAUCUCUGGUGAAAAUGACCAGCAAGAGGUCGUUCAACAACUGCAUAAGGUCCUCCGUCCAUUUCUCCUUCGAAGGUUAAAGUCAGAUGUUGAGAAGGGUUUGCCACCAAAAAAAGAAACCAUUCUCAAAGUAGGAAUGUCACAAAUGCAGAAACAAUAUUACAAGGCUUUACUGCAGAAGGAUCUUGAGGUUGUCAAUGCUGGUGGAGAGCGAAAACGUCUUCUGAAUAUAGCUAUGCAACUGCGUAAAUGUUGUAAUCACCCAUAUCUUUUCCAAGGUGCUGAACCUGGUCCUCCUUAUACAACUGGGGAUCAUCUCAUUACAAAUGCUGGUAAAAUGGUUCUUUUGGAUAAAUUGCUGCCUAAAUUAAAAGAGCGAGACUCUAGGGUGCUUAUAUUUUCACAGAUGACCAGGCUACUAGACAUACUUGAAGAUUACUUGAUGUUUCGGGGAUAUCAAUAUUGUCGUAUUGAUGGUAAUACUGGUGGAGAAGAUCGUGAUGCUUCUAUUGACGCUUUCAAUAAACCUGGGAGUGAAAAAUUUGUCUUCUUAUUGUCGACUCGGGCCGGAGGUCUUGGCAUUAAUCUUGCUACUGCAGAUGUUGUCAUUCUAUAUGACAGUGAUUGGAACCCACAAGUUGACUUACAGGCCCAGGACCGGGCUCAUAGGAUUGGCCAAAAGAAAGAAGUUCAAGUUUUCCGUUUCUGCACUGAGUAUACCAUUGAGGAAAAAGUCAUUGAAAGAGCUUACAAAAAACUCGCACUCGAUGCACUGGUGAUUCAACAAGGGCGAUUAGCUGAGCAGAAGACUGUAAAUAAAGAUGAGUUGCUUCAAAUGGUCAGAUUUGGUGCUGAAAUGGUUUUCAGUUCAAAGGAUAGUACAAUUACAGAUGAGGAUAUUGACAGAAUUAUCGCUAAAGGAGAAGAAGCAACAGCUGAACUUGACGCCAAGAUGAAGAAAUUUACUGAAGAUGCAAUCAAGUUUAAGAUGGAUGACAAUACUGAAUUGUAUGAUUUUGAUGAUGAUAAGGACGAGAACAAAUUUGAUUUCAAGAAGAUUGUCAGUGAAAAUUGGAUUGAGCCACCAAAAAGAGAGCGGAAGCGCAAUUACUCAGAGUCUGAAUACUUCAAGCAAACAAUGCGCCAAGGUGGUCCUACAAAACCCAGAGAGCCCCGUAUUCCCAGGAUGCCUCAGCUGCAUGAUUUCCAGUUCUUCAACACACAAAGGUUAAGUGAGCUGUAUGAAAAGGAAGUGCGCUAUCUCAUGCAAACCCAUCAAAAGAAUCAGGUAAAGGACUCCAUUGAUGUUGAUGAAUCAGAAGAGGUGGGAGAUCCUUUGACUGCUGAGGAGCUGGAAGAAAAAGAACGCCUGCUAGAAGAGGGAUUUUCAUCAUGGAGCCGAAGAGAUUUCAACACUUUCAUUAGGGCAUGUGAAAAGUAUGGUCGAAAUGAUAUCAAAAGUAUUGCUUCUGAGAUGGAAGGUAAAACAGAGGAGGAAGUUGAAAGAUAUGCUAAGGUCUUCAAGGAGAGAUACAAGGAAUUAAAUGAUUAUGAUCGAAUUAUUAAAAAUAUUGAAAGAGGAGAGGCUAGAAUAUCACGUAAAGAUGAGAUUAUGAAAGCUAUCGGGAAGAAGCUGGACCGCUAUAAGAAUCCAUGGCUAGAGUUGAAGAUACAAUAUGGCCAAAACAAGGGGAAGUUAUACAAUGAAGAAUGUGAUCGAUUCAUGAUAUGCAUGGUUCACAAACUUGGUUAUGGGAACUGGGAUGAGCUGAAGGCAGCAUUCCGCACAUCACCCCUGUUUCGGUUCGAUUGGUUUGUCAAGUCUCGCACAACACAGGAACUUGCGAGGAGAUGUGACACACUCAUUCGGUUGGUAGAGAAGGAAAACCAAGAAUUUGAUGAGCGGGAGAGACAAGCUCGUAAAGAGAAGAAACUUGCUAAGAACAACAUGACCCCUUCAAAACGUGCAUUGGCAAGACAGUCGGAUGGUCCAUCUUCUCUGAAGAAGCGCAAGCAAUCAACUAUGGACGACUAUGUCAGCUCGGGAAAGAGGAGGAAGUAGAUGGACAUAUUCCUGGACUUGGUAAACCAAGUUCAUGUGAUAGAUCCAUGGGCCUGGUUUUCCAUAACAAGUUCGAUGCUGCAAACUCAGUUUUCUAAGUUGCGUAGGUUCCAGCUAUAACAUUUUGUAAGGGUAGAUAGGAUAUAUCAGGAUGUAAUGAGAUGACGGUUACUUCUGUAAAUCUACUAACAAACCGUUGAGCUUGCAUAUUGCAUCUUGUAUAACAGCCUCCGCAAUUAAUAGAUCCUGUUUUUCUUGGCUGUGGUUC